GACUUGCUGCUUCCUUUUUUUCUGCAUUUUUGAGGCAAUGGUGCCAUGACAUCAGAUCUUUUAUGCUUUGGAAAUUCCAAGUGCUUGUCUUGAAAUCUGACUGAUGGAGCUGGCCACUGUCACUAUAUAAAAAGCAGGGACUGAGCCAGCACCUCACAUCAGAUACAGGGGAAAUCUGUUCUGGUCCUGUAUCUGCCCUUGCAGCUCAUCUGUGUCCAUGAUGAACAUCUCUGCAGUGCACCUCUCCAUCAUCCUCAUUGCUGCUCUCUUUUCUCAGGCCUCUCCUGCUCCAAUUGGGGCUGACACGACUGUGUGCUGCUUCAGCUACACCUCACGAAAGCUGCCCCAGAGCCAUGUGAAGGAUUACUUCUACACCAGCAGCAAGUGCUCACAGCCAGCAGUUGUGUUCGUCACCAGGAAGGACCGGGAGGUCUGUGCUAACCCUGAUGCCAGGUGGGUGAAGGAAUAUGUGAACACCCUGGAGCUGCAGUGAGCACUGGGAGAGGAGAGGUCUCUGCCUUGGAGAAGUCCUGCAACACGAUCCAGCAGAGUCUUGGCACAGACCUAGAAAUGCUGCUGCUGAAUACCAGGACCUGUGGAGCCAUCUUGGGGCCCCUGAAGUUCCUUUUGUCUCACAAAGGUGCCAUUUACCCAUGAUAAUUUAGCCACCCUUAUGGGCAGCUGUGAUCCUGGGGACCUUCUGGCCUUGCAGACCCAUCUUGAAUAGCCUGCUGUGUAGUGUGGCUAAAUUGUCUCUUCCUCCUGCCUCCCCUGCUAGAAUGGAAGGGGGGUUUAUCCCUAGAGCUAUCUGUGGGAAGUGGUCAGUUGAAAUUAAGUGUGAAUGCUGUCAUGUAAACCUAGGCUGACUUUCAAGUCAGCUGGCUGAACUUUGCCAUGGUAGGGUAGAUGCUGUGAGCAAGAUCUGUCUCCCUAGCAGAGGAAAUGGUAUGCUUGUUACUUACAGGAUGCCUAUUGUGGAACCACGUUGUUCAGCCUCAUUUCAAAAUGUCUCUUGCUGGUGCCAACAAAUAAAGAUGUUUUUCUCUCUGUG